CUGAGACAGCCCUAGACUGUAAUAUCAAGGGCACUGCGUGUAUGCCGUAAGGAAGGCAAGACCACUGCGUUUACGAUUUUAUGAUGGCUGGUUUGACGUGUAUCCUGGUUCUCUUUAUUACCCUUUGCCAUGGUGAAACUCACGUUGUUAAUGGACCAGUCACAAGGAGGGACACUACACAGGCGUCUACGUCAAACAUCUGUACGGACUGCAUCCAGAUCGUAGAGCUGUUUAAAGACAUGCUCACGCAUGAAGACAUUCAGGAGUACCUCUACGGAACUUUGGACAUCUUCUGCAUACGUCUACCAGGGAGUCAGAAAAUAGCGAAUUGUGAAUCCCUGCUGCAAGAGCAGCUUCCUAAAGUCUACAAGUACCUGACAACCCAAAUGGUGUCGGGUGAUGCUUGUAUGGGCCUGGGGCUGUGUGCUCUUCAACCGAUGACAGGAGGGUCAGUGAUGCUUCCGGGCAAGGAGUCCAGUCUCGUGCCAGAGGCUAGCGCCAGCCUGCAGGUGCAGAUCGGCCCCCAGUGCACCUUCUGUGUCCUGCUCAUUAAGAAGCUGGAGAACAUGCUACCAAAAGAGAAGACUGAGGAUACCGUAGUCCAGUUGAUGGGGGAGGUGUGUAAUCUCCUACCCGCUAGCUUCAAAGACCAGUGCGAUAGCUUUGUCGACAAGUACGGCAAGAAACUGGUAGACUUCCUGUUGUCGUCCGCCGCCCCACACUCCAUCUGCGUCCUGCUGCACCUGUGCCUGAUCAAGGAGGCCCCUGUCCCAGAGAUGCCGAUGCCCUCUGACUGCGAGUCCUGCCGCACUCUGGCUGCGCUGGGACGGCUGCGCCUGGGCGUCAACGCCUCGGCAAGCCACACCUCCUCCUUCCUGCGGUCCGUCUGUCUGCAGCACCCUGGAGCCAUCCCCAAGUGUGAGCUUUUCACUCGGCUGCACUGGUCCAAACUGCAGAAGGUUCUGGGAAGCCAGAAGAACGAGUGUCAGAGGAUGGAUCUGUGUGAGUCUGUGGGGCCGGAGAGGCCCUUGGGAGAAGAGGCCUGUUCCUGGGGUCCCAGGUAUCGCUGCAGAGACAUGAAGACAGCUGAGCAGUGUGGCAGUGUAACAUUCUGCCAGACAUUCAUCUGGAAGUGAAUGGAAAACCAAACCGUGACAUGUCGAAGCUGUUCGAUUUUUUUAUGUUGCGGUUGACUUUUUAUGAAAUUAAAUGCGCUAUUGUCUUAUGCUCUUCCUUUUGCAGUAGAAACUGUAAUCAAUUAUGCACUGAUGUUUGUGUUGCUGGCUUUUUAUUUUCACUGAUGUAUUUUAACUGAUUUUUUAAGCACAUGCUAUGCAAUCAACAUUAACCAGUAUUAUAUACUAUAUCCUUCUAACUUUUAAUGCUGUUCUCUUGAAAGAUUUAAGACAUUUCACGGUCCAUAUCUUUUCACCAAAAUGUUUAUUUCUUACAAAGCUAUGCAACUAUGCAACAUGAGUCACUUGGACCUGAUCAUUGCUUGAUACACCAUUGAAAAAUCAGUAUUUCCGACAUCACAAUGUCCACUUCAAGCCACUAGAGGGUGUUUGGACUCCAGCAUCCCAGGCAGAAUGCUGUCAACUUUUAAACAAAUUGGCACUUGAAAAACACCUGGAGAAAAGUCCUGUCAGGACCCUGUUGCGUGGUGAGUUGAGUGGUCACGAAUGAUGAUGAGUCAAGUCACUGUACGACCCUCCCCACCCACAGGUGACUGGUGUGACAUACACAUUUAUUUUCAAAAACCAAUAACAAAACCUCAAAGCUCAUCAACUAGUUACACAUGAAUAUACUUUUAAAGCAUGUUUAUUUGACCAUUUCAAGUUACAUUUAAAAAGUAGAGUGACAAUCAAAUCCAAAAAGAAAAAUACAUGUUUACAUGUUUCUUGGAAUCACAAAUAAAAUGUUGUUGUCUUGG